CGCCUCCAGCGCCCCUGCCGCAGCGCGCCGCAGCCCAGGAGGAAGGAAGACUGGCAGCCUCGUCACGUGUCCUCUGCGGUCGCGAAACAGUUCUGGUGGUGAGGACUCCUUUCCAAAUAUAAGAGGAAUAAAGAAGUCACCUCCCCAGCUGUCAUCAUCUUCCACCAGAUUGAACAAGAAUAUUUUGAGCACUACAGAGAAGACAGUCCAUCAAACCCUAGAUGAUGAUCAGCCAUGUGAUUUUUUCAAGAAAAGGAAUAGGGUGAAUGAAUCUCAUCAGAAGAGCAGCAAUAUGAAUGCUGGCCCAUCUUGGAAUAAAGUGCAACAUUCAAAGAACUCUUCAGGAAAAAGGCAGAGCAAAUCCCAAGUGCCCCACAUUUCUUCCCAGCUGAGAAGCAGUCUCACCGGUGUUUCCCUGCCAACUGGAGAUAAACUUAAAGAAAGCAUUUCCCCAGAAGGAAAACCCGAAAGGAGUUUACUCAGUUCCAGGUGUCAGGGAGCCUCGGGGAACAAAUUGUUUCUUGAUUUUCAGUCCAUGAAAAUUAUUAAAGAAGAUGCUGAUGAGGACAGUGCAAGUGAUCUCUCGGAUUCGGAAAGAAUUCCCAUUCCUCCGUCUCCCCUCACACCUCCGGAUCUUAAUCUUCGAGCUGAAGAAAUUGAUCCAGUUUACUUUGACCUUCAUCCAGGUCAGGGUCAAGCGAAGCCUGAAUACUGUUAUCCUGAUUUCCUUCCACCCCCUUUUAGCUCCUGGGACUUGCGGGAUAUGGCCCUGCUUCUGAACACAGAGCACAGAACCGAAGCUGGGCCACAGGCAGGAGGACUCCUGGGGAAGUUUAUCGACAGACUCAUUCAGCUCGAGUGGUUGCAGAUUCAGACUGUCCAGUGUGAAAAAGCAAAGGGGGCCAAAGUCAGGCCUCCCACUGCCGCUGGGGCCUCCGUGGCCCUGAAAAGCCCUGGGAGAAGUAAGCUGAUUGCUAAUGCUCUGUCGAAACCGCUACUUCACCAGGAAGGGGCUUCGAAGUCAGGCCCUUCCCGAAAGAAAGAGUUUCACCAUGAAGUCCAUCCAUCGUAUUACACAUUUGAGAAUUUCCCCAAAACCACUGAUAUGCUGGCUACUAGCAGAUUAUGUUAUCAGAAGCAAGCCCUUGAAAUGAGGACGGAAGAAAAGAAAAAGAAAUCAAGUAAGAGUACCAAGCUGCAGCGCUGGGAUCUGUCCUGCAGUGACAGCAGCUCUAAGAUGGAAACUAGUGGCAACAUUCGGAUCCCCAAGCAGGCAACCAUGAUUCUGGACCCAGCUGAUUCCUAUAAGACCCCCAAAACACAAGUGCAUGCACAUCUUAAGAAAAAGGGAAAGGCAGAAAGCUGUGGUCAUGCCACCAUAUCCAGUGAGAAAAAACUCAAAACAAAUGGAGUCAAACAAAACACAUAUAAGCUAAAAUAAUAUCCGAACAGUGAAUUGCCAAGAUCUGCGGAUACCUGAGUAUUAGAGCUCUUCCAAAAGUUCCACUGCGUUGAAUUUUAAGGGAUGUUAUAUUUACAUUUAAGUAGUUGAUUGGCUCUUUUGUCCACCCUCCGCCCCCACCCCCCACUUCCGGCUCCUGUAGAAUUAUUUUCAAAGAGUGGUGUCUUUCAGUAAGCUCUUCUUUGUAUUGACAGUCUUAGGCAAAUGAGAGCCCUUUAGAUAAAAGUCAACAAUGUGCCAUAUGAAACAAUUCACCAAAACUUCUGAAAUAGUAGCCAGCCCAUGGAGGACAGACAGUGGUGUGAGCUUUCCGUGUUCACUUGCACAUAAGCAUAUACAGUGGUGCAUACUGUCUUAUAGUGGUGUGGAAUCCCAAAUAUUCAAGAUAAGGCCCUUCUUGCCACACCCUCUUGCUUUUUAAUAAGCUAUUCAAGCAGAAUUUCUGUUCAUUUUACCCUUAGGAGAAGCAUUAGUUCUUCCUUAUGUUGGGCAGUACAUGAGUUUCUAUUUUGAGCAGUCAUUUAUCACUAAGCUGCUUGCUCUUUAGAGACAUUGGAACCUUGUACUUUAAUACAUUUUCUCCAACAUGAGUGUUACAAAAGACAGAAAUUUUCAAUUUAGAGGUGGUGGUGAAGUCCAUCUUAGAGUUCUCUAAACUGAAGUUAAAAUGAUUUAGAAAUUUAGUGGGUUUAAGCAUGAGUAUUGCUGUUUGGUGGGGCUAAGAAUGAAAUAUUUGACACUCUAGAAUUGCUGGCAUGCAAAGCGCUUUCUCCAGAGACAUGUCAUGGGAAAAUCACAUUUUAGAAUUUGUAAAUGAAGGGCCUUCUAUAAGAUAAAAACACAUGGAACCACUGUGAAUGUAAUCUUUAUUAAGUUACUGAUUUGGGACCCAAAUCCUGUUGUCCUUAGUCAAAAAUAAUGAUCUGUUUUAGUUUGCAGGAACAGGAUUUUAUAAUUUUGCGUGAAGGUCAGGAGCAGGAGAGGACACCAUCCAAUGUGGAGGGGAGUAGGAUGUGAGUGUUUUGAACACCCUAUCUGGUCUCAUGGCUUCCUGGCUCCCCUAAAAGUUUAUUUAACUGCAGCUAAAUAACAUCUAUUUUUUUCCUAUAAAUUUGCUGUGAGCUUUCUGUCAUUUGUGCAGUGUGUUUUAAUGCCUGUAGUUGAUUUUAUCCCUGUAAACAAUUAUUGUAUUUGUUUUUUACAUACAUGUUUCUGUUUUUUUCACCUUUGGGGCAAAUGAAAAACUUGACAUUUUUUAUUUGAAAAUAUAUAAUGGCUUGCAAGCUUUUUACACAGCGGUAAGUAUCAUCAAAAACAGCAUAAGGUCACAGUGUAGUUAUAAUUAAAACCAUGUGCAAAGAUUAGAUUUUAAGAUCUUUUAAAAUUUGAUUUUAAUUAUACUAAGAAAUAUAUGAGCAUAUUUUAUGGAAGCCUUUUUCUUUUAGGACUUUAUUUUCAGAUUUGUCCUGUUACCCUCUUGUGUCUUUAUCUCACACCAACAUACAUGAGAAAGCAUGCUCUUACGCUAAGAUCUGAAAUCUUUAUAUGAACAAGAGAUGUAAGUAUAGUAAUUGCUACUUCCAUAGUCCUCAGAUGUGCUAUAACUAUUGUACUCGGCGUAUGUUUUGUAUUUGGAAAGCAUAGCACUCCUCUUAGUUUUUGUGAGGUUACUUUUGUCCUUUGCCUGCCUUGUUGCUUGUGAGCACAGAUUAGUCCAUUAUCCAUGGCUGGGGCCUCACUUACAAUUCUUCCUCUGUUAGAUUUUGAUGUAGCUCUUUAUGAAGUCUCAUGGCCAGCAAAUAGCCAUAAGCAUGCUUUUAUAUACACGAGUAUUCACUCCUCAUAAUGUUAAAGGGAUGAUGCUGCGUUGCUGCCUUUCCCUGUGACACACCUAUGUGAGUACUCUUAGAAACCUUGAACGGUUGAGAGCGAAGGGGCUUACUUCUCCUUGCUGUGUGUAUCUCAGUUGAAGACCAUCAUGAUUAAGAAAUUUAGAGGUAAUGCCUCAUUCGUUUGUUCCUAGCCCUUUUAACUGAAGUUGAUUUCAUAAUUUGGAGAAUAGUCGUAACUUCAUGUGUUCAAACCAUUUUAAAAGUGACUUUUCUUGUUUCCUUUUUCUGCCUCAGGUUGUUGAUUUUGGCCAGUAUUAUUCUGAUCGGAUCAGAGCUCUUAAUGAAUAGCAUUAAGUUUUUAAAAGUUAGCUUUAUUACAGAAUUGACAUAAGCACAAUUUUAGUUUUAUGGUUUCUGAUGCACAUAUCUAACCCAUCUUAAUGAACUGAAUAAAUGCUGCAGGUAAGAUCUUGCUGUUUUCAAGUAGACAGCAUUGGAAAUUGAAUCAUAAACUCGUUCAGUUCAUCUAGUUUAAACCAUUAAAUGUCCUGCUAGUCUAGUGACACAAGUUGUCGUAUUUCCAAGAAGUGCCUCUCAUUUACAUAUACCCUACAUUUCAACCAAUUAAAACAGUCCAAGAUUAUUUUUAAAAAUACAAGAAAAAAUAUUUCAGGCUUAGACUCAUUUAGUAGAAAAAAUCACAAAGUACAAAAAUGAACUAUAAAAACUUAUCAGUAUUUGCUACGAUUGUUGAGGUCUCCUCUUUUCCAAGUCUUUAAUGACUGAAUGGGCUAUAGGCUUGUAGCAAACUUGGACUUGGGAGAAUUGGUGGCCUAUGAUAAAAGCGAUGGGGGAGAGGAUAGCACUGGUCUUGUGACACCUAAUAGCUCAAAGGAAAACGGCUUGCAGUUCUUGGGGCUAUGAGGUUACUUCCAGGAAAACAUAAGAAUUUCUACCUUAUGUGAUAGAAAUAUUGUCUGUUUCCUCCUUCCUUUAUGUUCAUCUACUUGAAUAGCUACAAAACAACAUAAAACUUGGUGGUACUGCAUUUCAAGGUAAUUCAGAAGCAGUGUUUAUUAUUUAUUUAUGCACAAGUCUGGGACACCAUUCAAAAUGGCCUGAAAAUAUUCAGCAUGUUUGUUAUUUGCUGUUAUAUGAUUGUAUGUUUGGUUUUAUAUGCAAUAAAACAGAAUUCAUGUAA